AUGACAGACAUUGCAGAGCCCGAGAUACGAUCAAGGGGCACCCAAAGAUCGAGUGAACCCGACCGUCCAAGCUUCAGAACGAGCUAUGUGGAGAGACAAUACAACAACUCCGUCGGGUUCAACAACGGGACAAUUUCAAACUAUUUCAUCUUGAGCUCGGACGCUGCUCAUCGAGUCGACCUCCCGGGAAGCUCAUCACCCCAGGACAGUUCGGACAGCACCGAGAUCCAGACGGGGCAAGCCUUGUACAAAUCUAAACAUUGGUAUCAAUCUAAAGUCAUAUUCGACAAAGCCCUGCACAGUCCAAACUCCACACUGUCUGAAAGAGAGCGAAAUCGCGUCCGCUACAACCUAGCCCACGCUCACUUUGCCCUGGCUGAGUUCUCUGACGCUACCCGUCACUUUCAAGCGCUGGUGGACACACACGAUGAGAAAGGCGAGGAAUACGAACUAGCUGUCUCUGAUAGUCGAUUCUGGCUUGGGCGUUGCUUCUAUCACCGAGGGCAGUACGAAAAGGCUUCGCAGCAGUUCCGCAUCUUCUUGCGAACCUACAAGGAGGAGCGUGCCACCAGCGAAGCCGACGCGAUCAAAGCGACCGACGGCCGACUCUGGCUCGGCUUGACGUUCGAACGACUGGGCGAAUACGAAGGCGCUACCGAACAGCUACAGACGGCCUUUGAUAUACAGAAUGAGAUAGCACCGGACGACUUGGCCACGCUUGCAUGCCGCCACCACCUCGCAAAUUUCUUCUAUAAGAGGAAAGAAUUCUUGCGGGCCCAUCAGCACUUUCAUGCCCUGUUUCACGCCGAGGAACGUCUUAAUGGCCCGGAGAGGGGGCAAGCUGUCAUGACCCGAUGCAUGUUGGCCUUCUGCCUCGCGAAGCUCCGGCGCUACGACGAAGCCCAGCCACAUCUGGAACGAGUCUCGGAUUACAUGAACGCGCAACCAUGUAGAACAAGCGAUCAACUUCGAGACAAAGGGCUCGUGUGCUACUGGUUAGGUCGUAUUGCCGUUGAACGUAUGAUGAAGCACAAGCACCGCGACUUCGUCCCAAAGGCAACGUACCUCCUGCAGAGCGCCCGGCAGGAUAUCUCCGCUGCCAUAGAAAAAGACAAAACAAACGACUGGUUAGUGGAGGAUCUUGGGGAUUGCAAGCAUUAUCAGGCCCACGUCAUGAUUAUUCGCGGGGAUUUUGCUGAUGCUGAACAAACCUUCCGAGAAACCAUUGAUGAUACCGUUCAAGUCACCGGAGAAAGACAGAUUGCAAGUCGCGUUGGACUGGCGCGCAGCUUCUUGGAGCAAAGAAAGUUCGACGAGGCCAAGUCGACACUCGAAGAGGCCGUCUGCUCUACGACGCCCAUUGAGCACUGCCAGCAUACAGGAAGGGACCUGGCCGCGUGCCUGGCGCUGCUCGGCGAAACCUAUCUUGAGCUUGAGAAGCCCAGCAAAGCUCGAGACUGCCUUCAGACCGUCGUGGACGCCGUGCCCGAGAUGCCCAGCGAGCCCUACACCACCGCUCAGCAUGAGCUCGCCAUCGCCAUGUUCGAGCUGAGGGACUUCGCUGGCGCCUGUAAAUACUUCCAGGCAGCGUAUGACAUUAGGAGACUCCAAUUUCCCCAAAGACAAGACGAGUCUCGCAGUUGGCUUGCGUGGGCUCUCUGUGAGGCCUCGCGCUUUCAGGAGGCUGAACCGUAUUUACGCACUACACUUACCGCGCUUCCGGAACCUCCGCACCGCACUCGACAGCUGGUCUUUGUUCAUGGGAAGUCUCGCUACUAUAUGGGACGCGUUCUCUACCAUCAAAAGGAUUGGAGAGGAGCGGUGAAGCACUUCGAAGAUGCCUUGCCCCUGCUCCAUGCCGUCCAUAAACUGAGUCUAUUCAAUCUGCGCCAACAGACUACCAAAGCUCGGCAAAUACUCGAGGAAUUGUUGCAGAUUAAUCCUGAAGGGGAACCUGCUGCAAUCACAAGCCCACGGCUCAUUUCAAUUCCCUACUGGCUCGGACGAGUCUUUAUGUUUCAGCAUAAACCUCGAGAGGCUGAGGAGUGGUUUUCCAAAGGCCUUGAUAUUUCCACCCAAGAAGUAACGUAUCAAUAUGCACGCUGCCUGUUCAAAUUGGAUUCACAUGGCGUCGACAGAAUGGGUGAAAGCAUCGAGGCUGUACAGGGUGUCCUUGACCGCCUCCCACAGGUUUGCUCAAAAGAGGACGAAGAAUUGUACGAGGACAGUCGCUGGCUACUUGGCCGGGGCUUUUACCUGACGGGAAAGUUCGAUGAAGCCCGCGACUAUCUAAAAUCAAGCAUCACGGUCUUGGAGAGAAGAUACGGCCAUGACGACAGAAGUACCUCGUUUGCUAGGGCCAUUCUAGCAGAUUGUCUCUGCGAGCUUCAACUUGACAGCGAGGCUGACCUGCUGGUGACCUGGGCCGCCAACCAAUCGGACACAAAGGCAUACACCGACGCUGUUCUCAUCAAAGCUAUCGGUAGCUACUGGCUAGGUCGCCGGGCGUACAAGGCUGGACGGUCCAAGGAGAAGGGAGCCGAAGCACAUUUUACUGCGGCGCUCAAUCUGCUGGCAUCAUACAAGGUCAACAAAGUCAGAUGGAAUCGCAUACGGUUCGAUAGCCGGCACUUCCUCGCAAGAAUAAAGUUGGGGCACAAGCAGUAUAGCGAAGCUGGUGAUCUAUUCCAGGAGCUGGCCAUACAGGCGCAUGAGGCCGGGGAGCUGGCUCAUGCGGUCGAUAACCAGUACUACCUCGGAUGCAGUCUUUCAGAGCAGGGCAGAUUCGACGAGGCUUUCCCUGUGUUUCAAAAAGUCCUCGACGGUGACCACGACGGCAGGCUCGUGGAGAACGCAAGUUGGUGGAGUCAAUUCCAGCUUGCAAGGUGUCUGUCCCACAUGGGAAAACUCAUGGAAGCAAAAGACAAGUUUGCAUACGCCGCGGAGAGUCCUGAUCCUUUGUUGAGGCCCAGAGCUCGCUUGCGCUUGGGGCAGACCAUUUUUCGCCUCGAUGACUACGAGGAAGCCAGAGAUAUUUUCCAGUCCAUCCUUGACCAACCCGACCAGGCCACUGCCCAAUGUAUCAGCGAUGCUCGCUCCUGGCUUGCACGGAGUCUUUCGAAGCUGGAGAAGUGA